GUAAGUCAUGAAAAGGGUUUGAAAUGGGAGAGUGAAGUGUCGACAACCCCGUAGCUACAUAUAAAGCGCCGAGCGCUCGACACACGCAUUACCCUGCCGACGCCUGCGCAAGUGUUUUCCUUGGUGUUGUAACAAUGACGGCGUUUUUCUACAUGGCGAUCGCCACGUUCAUAUCCGCGACGGCUUGUCUCCCGAUGUCACAUCCGUAUUCCAAUUCCGAUCAAAUGGAACAUCUGAAUCCCUUGGACUAUUAUUUACGGAAUCAAGACGCUUCAAAUUUUUAUCAACCACAGCAACAAGACGCUUCGAAUGGUUCACCAGCUCGCCUCGAGACCUUGGAGCCUGACAGUGAAGUGGAACUCAUUCCCGGCGCACAACCUCCACAACAACCACCGCAGCAGGUGCCCGUGUCUCCAAAUGUUCCCGGAUUGAUGCCAGGACAGAGAGUGUUCAUUGUUCACAUGCCGGUACCAGGACUAAGGCCGGGAUCAAUCGGAGGCUAUCAGCCUGUGUACAUAGUCGGGGCAGCUCCGCAAGGAAACAACGCCUAUCCUGGUAACGGUUAUCAAAGUACACUGCUGCUGGGUCCACAAGUAAUCAACUAUCCUCAAGCUCAAGCGAGUCCUAAUUACGUGUUCGGUGUCCCAGGAUCUGGGCCUUACGUCGCGUAUCAGAACCCUGGAUUAUACCAGCAAAUUCAACCAGCUCAGGGAAGUCCAAGCCUGCGUCUGGCUCAACUAAUCUCACUCCAGGAUCAGACACAGCCUAUCGUCGUAGGAUCAAAUGCCCCCAAAGCUGAACUGAAAAGCCAAGCUAAUGCCGAAGUAAAGGAACCCGCUGCGGAAAACCAAAAUAGUUCACAAAAAUCGCAAUCAUGAAUAUCUACAUCAAAAUAAAUCACGUGUUUAACUAACAUUAAUGUAAAAUUAAUUUUAAUAAAUAGUGAUUAAACUGUAGCAAAA